AUGCUAAACGGAAAUAGUGUGAUGGCCAACGUCCUUCGUGCUCAACGUGUAAUACAGCUGGGGAGACCCCCAAGCAAACGUUACGUAGAGGCGCUCCAAGAGAGGAUCAGAACAUUGGAAGCACAAAUCGAACGUUUCCAAAGCAACGCUGCAACUCAGGACAGACUCGCAUCGAGCUUUGUUGAAGACACCUACAGCAAUUCGGAGGGUGAUUCCCUUCCUGACGAUUCUAGCUACAGAUCUCCAAUCAAGGAUAUAAGCGAUCGACUUGGAGCUCUCAACAUUGGCGAAGAUGGCCAGAUCCACUACUUCGGUUCUAGGAGUAACUUCUCACUACUGAAGAAUAGUCCUGCAGCAAGCUCGACUGUGUCAUCGCGUGAGCUGCAGAAACAGGCUGCAGAUACACUUGACCAACUUAAUCUUCGCGUUGAUAUAUCCGACGAAUUACGGAAUCAUCUCUUGGACCUCUUUUGGAGUUGGCAGAAUACAUGGCAGUAUCUCGUCGUCAAAGAAUUGUUCCUCGAAGAUCUGUACAUCACUCAUUCCGGCCGAUACGCCUCACCUUUAUUGCUUUCCUCUGUCUUGGCGCUUGCAGCUCGGUAUUCGGAUCGGAUCGAACUACGAACUGAUCCUCUUGACCAGAAUACGGCUGGCAACGCGUUGGCUGAGCAGGCCAAGAUGAUCUUGUUUUAUGAGAGCCAGGCGCCGAAAGUGACGACAGUGCAGGCGACAGCGUUGCUUGGGUUGCGAGAGAUAGCUACUGACAAGGAGGCUCUUGGAUGGAUGUAUUGCGGUAGGAGACGUGGUAUGGCAGCAAGAAUGGCCUUCAACCUUGGACUUCAUCUCGACCGAAGCCACUGGGUCGAUACAGGACACAUAACUAAGGAUGAAGCUGAAGUUGGAACUAUUGUUUGGUGGGGAUGCUAUGUUUUAGAUAAGUGA